AUGGAAGAGUUACAUAAUGCUUUAACCACCCUCUAUGCGAGCGUCGAUCGCAAUCAAAAGUUAGAAGCGAACUCCUAUUUGGAAGAAUUUCAGAAAAGUGCUGCUGCAUGGCAAAUAUGUUUCCAGAUUUUGAAUACGGUUGACAGUAGCAUUGAAUCAAAACUCUUUGCUGCACAAACGCUGCGACAGAAGAUUGUAUACGAUUUUCAUCAGCUGCCAAAAUCUGUUCAUGCUGAAUUGCGAGAUAGUAUGUUGCAACUUUUCAUUUCUUCAAAGGAUAGCCCAAGACCAUUGUUGAUCUCAUUUGCAGUCUGCAUGGCCGCAAUUGCUUUGCAUAUGACUGAAUGGCACAAUGUGAUUAACGAUGUCUUCCAAGCGUGCAGCAGUCAUGACCCAACAGGUCGCUGCAUCCUACAAUUUUUGUCAGUUUUGCCGGAAGAAGCAGCUGAUCCACGAAAAACAUCUUUGACUUGGGAAGAACUUUGCACUCGUAUAGACGAAUUAUUGCGGGAUAAUGGGCCCGCCGUACUAGAGUUACUACUACAAUAUGUAAACAGCAAUGUAUAUGCUGGCGGAUCCUCUAAUGUUGAUCUGAACCUCGUAUUGACUAGUUUGACAUCCUGGCUUCGCGAAAUUCCUCUAGAAAAAGUACUCUCAUCCCCGUUGAUUGAACUCGCAUUUCGAUCUUUGGAUGAUGAUAUGCUCAUUGACGAUGCAGUCGAGUUUCUCUGUGCUGUCUUAAACGAAACAAGGGAAGUGGAUGAAUCCAUGGAUAUGAUUAUGAUGCUUUAUCCCCGUUUACUAGAAUUUCGUCCAAAAAUUAUCGCGCAAAAAGACGACCCAGAUGUCUUUCGUGCAAUUGGGCGACUCUUCACUGAGGCAGGAGAAUCUUGGGUGGUCUUAAUGGCCCGAAUGCCUAAUGAAUUUCUACCCUUGGUAGAAUCUAUUGUGCAAAUAUGUGCAAACGACGAAGAAUUAGAAGCCAUCAAAUUCACUUUUGCCUUCUGGUGGGAUAUGAAACAAAUGCUGGAAUUAGAAGCGUACACUCAAGCCCGUAUAAUCUAUGCCCCACUCUUUUUAGAGAUGGUUGGUAUCGUGGUUAGCCAUUUGCAUUAUCCACGAGCAGAUAAUCAACCCCUCAACGACCAAAUGGCCCAAGCUGAGGUUUUCUUUGAUGAUCGUGAAUCUGAGGACCGGUUUCGUGCUUUCCGCCAUGAAAUGGGCGACGUGUUGAAAGAUUGCUGCGCUGUUGCAGGAGUAACUCCUUGUUUGCUAAAGGUUUCUACAAAACUUUUGGAAACUUUGGAUGCAAAGGAGUCAGGUCUGCCAUACUUUUGGCAGGAUAUUGAAGCCCCUUUAUUUGCUUUACGUGCUAUGGGACGUAUGGUACCGAAUGAUGAAGAAAAGGUUAUAAUCCAUUUGCUAAGGUUCCUUUCCAAGCUUCCUGAAAACAAUAAAGUACGUUACGCUGCAAUUUUGUUUGUAGGAAGAUACACUGAAUGGACUGCACAGCAUCCUGAGUACUUGGAGAUGCAACUGAAUUAUAUUGCAGAGGGAUUUCAAAUUCCAUGUAAAGAAGUUCAAAGUGCUGCUGCACAAGCAAUGAAGCAUUUCUGUUCUGACUGCCGUGAGCAUCUCGUAAAUCAUCUUCCACAGUUACAUACUUUUUACCUCAGCAUGAGAGAAGCGUUGGAUUCUCAAUCUGUUCUCGAGAUUGCCGAGGGUCUGGCACAUAUUGCUGCUAUUCAACCUAUCACAAAUACCUAUCAGUCAGUGCAUAGUUUCAUUGCUCCUUCUUUGCAGAAAAUUGUGUUGAGUCAAACAAAGACAGGGCACACAGAACGAGAGAUGGAAGCGCUGGCUGAUGAAAUUGAUAUACUUAUAAUCUUCUUUUCAAUUGUCUAUCCUUUGAGUUCCUCACAUGAGAUUCAUCCUACCAUUCAACUUUGUUUAGACAUAUGGCCAGUCGUGGCGAGAACUCUGGAUACAAUUCCUAGCCCAUUGAUUUGUGAGCGUAUUUGCAAGCUUUUGAAGAAUGUGAUUAUGACGUUCCGAGAAAAAGCUCUAGUUUUGCUGCCUUCAAUUGCAGAAACGCUAGUGAAAGGGUUUGAGAGUACGCAGUUUGGCUGUUUUCUAUGGGUCAGUGGAGCAUGCGUCCGGGAGUUUGGCUUAACUGAAACGGAUGAGCAAACCCAAGUGUCUGUUUGGGGCUUUGUAGAAAGACAAUGCACUAACAUGUUUUACUAUAUGACGAAAAAGUCACCGAAAGAAAUCCCCGAUGUGAUUGAUGAUUUCUUCCGGUUUAUGAUGGAUGCGCUGUUGGCAAAUCCUCAGCGGGUAUUCAUGAGCGAUAUGCUGGAACCUUUGAUUCAUGCAUCAUUAGUUUGUUUGCAAGUAAACCAAGACGAAUCUCUUUGCAGUGUGUUGGUUUAUUUACAAGAUCUCGUUUCGUUUGCUUUAAGGACUCCUCCUUAUACUCUUUCUGAGCCGGUUUCAGAAACACUAUUAAAAAAAUUACGUUUGCUGGUGCUGAAUAAUUCGCAACAGAUGUUUAGCAUUUUAUUUAACGGAAUGGCGUUCAUUUUCCCCCGUAACAACGUUUCGGAUGCUUCUGCGGUUUUAAUUCCUUUAAUUCGUUUGAUAUGCAUGGAGAAUGCUAGUUUUUGCAUUCAAUACUUGUCGAGUGUACUGGAUCAACUUCCACAAGACACAAUUGGCCAAGAGGAGAAGCUCAAGUUUUUGGAAACAUUUUCCCAGCAUUGCGCAUCUUCUGAAAUGCCUCGUUUGCGUGCACACCUACAAGACUGGACGUCUAUGUACCGCAGAAGGGUACUUUCACCGCGAUCAAAAGGCAUCGCAUUGUCAUCUUAG